AUGCCUAACGCGACUGUUCCCACUCAAGACCAGAUUCUCGUCCCCGAGACCCUUCUCAAGAAGCGCAAGGCUAAUGAGAAGACCACUGAGGAGCGUGCCUCUGAGGCCGCGGCCCGUAAGAAGGCCAACAAGGAGAAGCGCGCUACCAUCUUCCAGCGCGCUGAGAAGUACGUGAAGGAGUACCGUGACGCUGAGCGCGAGAAGAUCCGUGUCUCUCGCCAGGCCAAGAUCGAUGGCUCCUUCUACGUCCCAGCCCAGGCCAAGCUUGUCUUUGUUGUCCGUAUCAAGGGUAUCAACAAGAUUGCUCCCAAGCCCCGCAAGAUCCUCCAGUUGCUUCGUCUUCUCCAGAUCAACAACGGUGUCUUCGUCCGCCUUACCAAGGCCACUCUUGAGAUGCUGCGCGUUGUUGAGCCCUGGAUCGCCUAUGGUGAACCUAACCUCAAGAGCGUUCGUGAGCUUAUCUACAAGCGUGGAUACGGGAAGAUCGAUCGCCAGAGAAUUGCUUUGACCGACAACAAGCUCAUUGAGGAGUCCCUCGGUCAAUACGGUAUCAUCUCCAUUGAGGACCUCAUCCACGAGAUUUUCACUGUCGGCCCCAACUUCAAGCAGGCCUCCAACUUCUUGUGGCCAUUUAAGCUCUCUUCUCCCACCGGUGGAUUUAGGGCUCGCAAGUUCCAGCACUUCGUUGAGGGUGGUGACCUUGGUGACCGUGAACAGUUCAUCAACGGUCUGAUCCGUAAGAUGAACUAA